GAUACCCUCUCGGCAAGCGUUCGCGCGGGAAAUUGCGGGAAAUUGAGCGCCGAGCGGCUCGUGAGGUUACCUGCGGGCUGCGUACGCGGACUUGGAAGAAUUUGAUGUAAGAUUGUUGUGAUUUUUCCCGUCAACGAUGUCGAGUCCUAUGAGACCGCCGAGGACUCCGGUUCCGCAGGACGACAGCCGUUCGCCGAGUGGCACGCCGAGACGGCAACCUCGGACCCCAACCUCCAUCAGGACUCCCUCGGUCGCUGGAACACCCAGUGUCACCGGUACACCCAGUGUCGUCGGCUCCGUCAGAGGUACACCUCAGAGGAGACCGGGCAACAAUCCAGUAGACACGCCGUUACGAUGGGGCAACCGUCAAACGCACGAGACCAUCGCACCGUCGUCGGAGGGGUUGUCCUCCGUGCCACUGUCCUCUCCGAAUCGACAGGUGCAGACGAGUCCUCUCGCCGCUGGUAUGAGCGAGAUAGAGCUGUCCUCUCCGCUGAAUUAUGGAACCCCUAGCUCUUUGGCGUCAAUUCGUACUCCCCGCAGUGGUGUCAGAGGUACACCUGUUCAUCAGAGACCAGACGUUCAGUCUGACAGGCGUGUGCGGCAAGUUAAUCUGAUUGAACCGAUACCAGAGAAUGAUGAAGACAGAGAGAGAACAUCCGAGGGUGAGAACGGGGGCCCGCAAUUGACAAUCUGGGGCACAAAUGUCGUGGUGGAUCGUAUCAAGCAGCAAUUCAGACGAUUUAUUCUGUACUUUAUCGACCCAGAAGCGGAGAACGACGAAAUACCUGAGAACAUGAAUCUGUCAGAGCCGCUCUACACUCAGAAGCUCGAAGAGAUACAUAUACUGGAAGAACCUUAUUUGAAUGUAAACUGCGCUCAUCUCGAAGCAUUCGACUCGCAGCUUUACAAUCAGCUGGUAUUGUAUCCUCAGGAAGUUAUACCGGCAUUCGAUCUAACGGCAAAUGAGAUAUUCUUCGAGAAAUUCCCCGGGGCAGCGUUGGAACACUCGAUUCAAGUACGUCCGUAUAAUGUUAUGCGGACCACGAGUAUGCGUCUUUUGAAUCCGGAGGACAUAGACCGAUUGAUCACGGUUACCGGAAUGGUCAUUAGAACGUCAAACGUCAUGCCGGAAAUGCGAGAGGCGUUCUUUAAAUGCAUCGUGUGCUCCUUCACGACGACUGUAGUCAUCGACAGGGGUCACAUAGCCGAGCCCACGGUGUGCACUCACUGCAACAACAAUUUCUGCUUCAAUCUGAUACACAAUCGCAGUCAUUUCACCGAUAAGCAAAUGAUCAAGUUACAAGAAUCGCCGGACGAUAUGCCAGCUGGUCAGACUCCUCACACGGUGGUACUCUUUGCGCAUCACAAUCUAGUUGACGCUGUCUCGCCAGGUGAUAGAGUUUCUGUCACCGGUAUAUAUCGCGCGUUGCCGAUACGCGUUAAUCCUCGGCAGUCCAAUGUACGAGCUAUCUACAGAACGCACGUUGACGUUGUCCACUUUAGAAAACAGGACUCAAAGCGAUUGUACGAGCAAGAGGACGGCAAGAGUCAUGCGUUUCCACCAGAAAGAGUGGAACUAUUAAAACUGCUGUCGCAAAAGGAGGACAUAUAUGAACGAAUGGCGCGGCACAUUGCUCCCAGCAUUUACGAGAAUGAGGACGUCAAGAAGGGUAUACUGCUGCAAUUGUUCGGCGGCACGAAGAAGGAACAGAGCGUACGGACUAAGAAAUAUUUCCGGUCCGAAAUUAAUAUACUUCUAUGCGGAGACCCGGGUACGAGUAAAUCGCAACUGCUACAGUUUGUUUUCAAUUUGGUACCGCGCUCGCAGUACAGCAGUGGAAAGGGUUCCAGCGCCGUGGGUUUAACCGCCUUCGUAACGAAAGAUCCCGAAAGCCGUCAAUUGGUAUUGCAAACUGGCGCUCUGGUGCUCGCGGAUAAUGGUAUUUGUUGCAUCGACGAAUUCGAUAAAAUGAACGAUAGCACGCGCUCGGUGCUGCACGAAGUGAUGGAGCAGCAAACGCUGAGUAUUGCGAAAGCGGGUAUCAUUUGUCAAUUGAAUGCGAGAACUAGCAUUCUGGCAGCGGCUAAUCCUUGCGAGUCACAGUGGAAUAAAAAUAAGACAGUAAUAGAAAACGUCAUGUUACCGCACACGUUGAUGUCACGCUUCGACUUAAUUUUCCUGAUGCUCGACCCGCAAGACGAGGUGUUUGACAGGAAACUUGCCAGGCAUUUAGUAUCGUUGUAUUAUAAAUCUGAGUUGGAAGAAGAGGACGAUAUUGUGGAUAUGAGCAUCCUGCGUGAUUACAUAGCCUACGCCAAGGAACAUGUUCAUCCUACUCUUAAUGAGGAAAGUCAACAGAGGCUGAUCCAGGCUUACGUCGAUAUGCGUAGAGUAGGAAGUGGUCACGGGCAAAUCACGGCUUAUCCGAGGCAAUUAGAGUCACUGAUAAGACUCGCCGAGGCGCACGCUAAAAUGCGAUUCAGCAGCGUAGUGGAGAUCUUGGAUGUCGAGGAAGCUUGGAGAUUACAUCGCGAAGCAUUGAAACAAUCUGCCAUCGAUCCACUGAGUGGCAAAAUCGAUAUAAGUAUCCUAACGACUGGCAUGUCGUUAGCAGCGAGAAAGCGUAGGCAGGAGUUGGUCGAGGCAUUGAAGAGGCUUAUCAAGGGGAAGGAUAAGGCACCGACAUUAAAUUACCAGAAAAUUUUCACGGAACUGAAAGAAUCGUCCAGCACGGACGAGAGGGCUUUUACAGCUGACAAUGACGUUAAUGCAGAUUUUAUUGCCGGCUCGACGGCCUUGCGCGCGAUCCUGCCGCAUAAAUCAUUCCCGUUUUAUCGCGGCGAGAGGCCAUUAGAGAUCCGCGCCAAUUAAAGAUUCAUUGAUGAUUAACGAUCCAUGACGUGUUCGCGCGAGAGGAUUGACCGCGGAGCGGUCCUGCGCGGCGCCGACGCAACACCUGUUCCUCGGGAAUGAAACCCCCGACUUGCCCGAUCGACCCUGGCUGACGGCUGAAGGUCAUCGUCGUCGUCGUCGCCGCCGCCGUCGUCGUCGUCCGUCGUCGUCGUCGACGGGGGGAGGUGGGGGGUGGUUGGGAUGCCGCAGUGCUCCCCGUGUGCGAGCAAAUAAAAGGCCGCCCGGCAUUGAGCGGGUGCCUCCAUUCAUGGUUUCCGGGCGCAGGCGUACCGCGAGGAAACCGCAUGGCGCUGCGCCCGGGGAAGGGGUCUCCGCGAGAGAGAAGUUCACCUACGCAGAGCCCCCGGCAUCGCGAUGCGUGGGCGACGUGGGUGAUUCAGAGGUAGAGCGAGCCGGAGUAAAGGGCGGACGGUUCUGUUCCUUCGCGCGCUCGCGCCGGCUCCCGGCUCCCGGC